AUGCUUAGAACCUCAUAAUGCAAGAAUAGAAGUCCCAUUAAGAAAACUAAAAAGAAAAAUACUAAGAAACUCAAGGGACAAAUCAUUUCCCUUACAAAGAAUAUUUGGAAUGGCUAAAUUAAACUCAACAAAAAGAAUUCAUAAUUUCGUUCGAUAUCAUACAUACAAACAUGUUUCUAUAAAUCAAGGGGAAAGUCCUAUUUUAUGAAAUUAAUUGACUAUAUCAGCUGCAAAAGAAUAAUAUUUUAUUUUAUAUAUUUUUAAGAUAAAUAUUGGCUAAGAAAUAGUUUUAUUAAAGUUUUAGAUAACUAAAGAUAGUUUAAGAUUGAAAAAAAAAUAAAAAUUUAAUUUUGGGUUUUCGCCAUCAAUACUAAUUCAAUUAUAUAUUCGAAUGAUAAAUAAUAUGAUGAGGCUAUUAAAAUAUUAGAUAAAGCAUUAAGUUUUAAUACAAAGCAUUAAUUAUCAUUAUAUAGUAAAGGUAUGAUUAUAUUUUAAUGUAUUAGCGGAUAGUUUAAAAAUGCUUGGUUAAUAUAAUGAAGCAAUCAUUUGGGCAGAUAAAGCUUUACAAAUUAAUCCAAAGGAUUGUUUUUCUUUACGUACUAAAGGUAUGAUCAUAUUUAUUUGUUUAAAGGUGAUUCAUUAAGAUUAUUGAAAGAUUAUAAGGAAGCUUUGAAAGUAAUUGAUUAAUCUCUAUCAAUCAACCCAAAUCAUUUGAGUUCAUUAUAAUCAAAAGGUUGAUGUAUGUUAUAUUUUCAAGGGCAUUGUUUACAAAAUUAGAAUAAUUAUUAAGAAGCCUUAUUAUUUUAUGAAAAAGCUCUAAAGAUUGAUUCAAAUCAUUAAUGGACCAAAAAUAGAAAAGGUAAUAUAUAUCUUAAUAUUAAGAUGAAUGUUUAAAAGCUUUAAAUACUAAAUGA